ACAUCUUUAUGAAAAGAAUGGCACACUACUUAAACUCUGUUAGGCUGGCGCAGAGAAAGCUCACUUAAAACAUGCGUUGGAUCUGGAUAUACACUGAUUCAGAACAUGACUUCAACAUCCCGUGUGAUUUGAAGGGACUUUUCACUGAUGCUAUGUGACAGCUUUGAAAAGGUUUCUCGCAAUAAGAGCGUCCAGUGUUGAAUUGGGAGCGCGGAGCGCGUUUGGAGAGGCGCAGAGGCUGUUUUUCACAGCGGAUUUUGGAUACGUGCUUGCAGGAGUUAUGGCUUUCCUGCGCACUCUGCCAAAAAGAAGAAAUUAUACAGCAUCCAUCUGUCCUGUCCUGUUAAUUCUCAUUGUUGUGCUUGGAUGUCUCCAGAGAGUUCACUUUGCAUCUGCAACUCUUCAUCGUGGUCCUUCAUCUCUGCUGGAGUCAUUGCUGUUACCUCAAAGCACAGAAUAUGAGAUUGCGGCUCCAUACGAGGUGGAUCACGAUGGACGUUACAUCUCCCAUGCUGUUGCUCAUCACCACCGCAGGAAACGCUCAGCAGAUAGCCAAGGUCACAACCUCAGAAACACGGUUCACUUCAGGCUUCAUGGGCUAGGCCAAGACUUUCACCUGGAACUGGAGCCGUCAAAUGACCUGAUUGCACCCAGCUUUACCGUACAAACCCUGGGCAGAGAAGGCACCAAGAGCCUGCAGCCAUUUCCUACAGAUGACCUCUGCUUCUACCACGGGGUGCUGAGAUCUAAGGUCAACUCAUCCGUGGCCCUGUCGACAUGUGCAGGGAUGUCAGGUUUGAUCAGGACUCAAGAGGCUGAUUAUUUCCUGAAGCCACUGCACCCACAUCAGGCACUUUUGGAGAGCUUCUCAGCACCAUCUGAUCACCAUCCCCACAUCCUGUACAAGAGAUCCACACUGACAGACACACAGACAAACAUCAGAAGAAAAAGAAUGACAUCUGAGAAAAAGUCUUCCAGCAUGGAAUUUCCUUACAUGUGGGGAAUAAGCAUAAGAGAUGAGAUGACCCCACGCAAACACACAAAUCCAGAGGAGUAUCAGCAUACGCCACAUAGUCGUGACAACAACCAUCAGAGACAGCACUACUGUGGAAGACGGAAGAAAUAUAUGCCUAAACCACCUGAGGAAGAUAUCUAUAUUUUUCCGGAUGAAUACAAAUUUAUGUCCAGGGGGAAACGAGCCAUCAUGCUGAAACCUCUGCCAUACCAGAGACUAAAUGUGGAGACGUUGGUGGUGGUCGACCGUAAGAUGAUGGAGAAUCAUGGCCAAGAGAACAUAACCACAUAUGUCCUUACUGUUUUAAACAUGGUCUCGACACUUUUUAAAGAUGGAACGAUUGGAGGUGAUAUCAACAUUGUAAUUGUUGGACUAAUACUGUUGGAUGAAGACCAGGAUGGACUGGUGAUUAACCAUCAUGCUGACCACACUCUGAACAGUUUCUGUCAGUGGCAGUCUGGUUUGUCAGGGCGAGAAGGUCGGCGUCAUGAUCAUGCCAUCCUUCUGACUGGUCUGGAUAUCUGCUCCUGGAAGAAUGAACCAUGUGACACUUUAGGUUUUGCUCCAAUCAGUGGAAUGUGCAGCAAGUAUCGAAGCUGCACUAUCAAUGAGGACACAGGUCUUGGUCUAGCUUUCACAAUUGCCCAUGAAUCUGGACACAACUUUGGAAUGAUCCAUGAUGGAGAAGGCAACGUAUGUAAGAAGUCGGUUGGAAACAUCAUGUCUCCCACCCUGGCUGGACACAAUGGAUUAUUUUCCUGGUCAUCCUGUAGCCGACAAUAUCUAAACAGGUUUCUGAGUACCGCCCAGGCCACCUGUCUUUCUGAUGAGCCCAGCGCCAUACAGGAGUACAGAUACCCUGAGAAACUUCCUGGAGAGCUGUAUGAUGCCGAUACACAGUGCAAAUGGCAGUUUGGAGAGAAAGCCAAAUUGUGCACUCUGGACUUCAAGAAGGACAUCUGCAAAGCCCUGUGGUGCCAUCGGGUCGGAAGAAAAUGCGAGACCAAGUUCAUGCCGGCGGCCGAGGGUUCCGCCUGUGGUCCGGAGAUGUGGUGUCGUCGUGGCCAGUGUGUAAAGCAGGGCGAUGAAGGUCCAAUGCCAGUUCAUGGUCAGUGGUCAUCCUGGUCUGGAUGGUCCAGCUGUUCUAGGACCUGUGAGAGUGGAGUGACCUACAGGGAGAGAUACUGCAUCAACCCAAGGCCAAUGUAUGGCGGCAGGUUUUGUGAGGGCUCAUCUCGUUCUUAUAAACUGUGUAACACUGAUGAUUGUCCUCACAACACUGUGGACUUCAGAGCUGUGCAGUGUGCUGAGUUCAACAGCAAGCCCUUUCGUGGAUGGCACUACAAAUGGAAACCCUACACACAUGUGGACGAUCAGGAUGUGUGUAAGCUCUAUUGCUUUGCUGAAGGUUACGACUUCUUCUUUGCCCUCUCGAGUAAAGUGAGAGAUGGAACGCUCUGCACACAAGACAGUUCGAAUGUCUGCAUUGACGGCAUCUGUGAGAGCGUGGGCUGUGACAGGGUGCUUGGGUCCAAUGCCGUGCCGGAUAUGUGUGGCAUCUGCAAAGGCGACAACUCCACAUGCAAGAUGUACAAAGGACAAUACACCAAACAACAUUACUUGAGUCAGUACUACCGUGUGGUCACCAUACCAGCUGGAGCUCGUAGCAUUCGUGUGACUGAGCUCAACUCCUCCAGUUCCUACCUGGCUGUGAGGAAUCUGCAGAGAAAAUAUUACCUCAACGGCCGCUGGACGGUGGACUGGCCUGGCAGACUCCCAAUCGCUGGAGUUGUGUUUGACUACAAGAGACCCUACAAUCGUCCAGAGAGUUUCACCUCUACUGGACCCACUAAUGAGACUCUGGUGCUUGAGGUGCUUCAGCAGGGCUGGAACCCGGGCAUUCUGUGGGAAUACACGCUGUCCAAGGAAGAUACAGACAGGCGGAACCAACCCAAACACAACUACACCUGGGCCAUCAUUCGAUCGCAGUGCUCAGCCAACUGUGCAGGAGGUCAGAUGGUUACUAAAUCAGUAUGCUACAAGGAUCUGAAAGUUCAGGUGAACACCUCGUACUGUAUAUCACGAACUCGACCCGCCACCGGUGUGGUGUCCUGCAAUACUCAGCCAUGCCCUCCAAGCUGGAGCGUGGGUGAAUGGGGUGUGUGCAGUCACAGCUGUGGCUCCGGAGAGCAGAUCAGACAGGUGCAGUGCCUCCAAAAAACAGGCCCUGAUCGGAUUGAAACGUUGACUGAUCACCAGUGUGCACAACUGCCGCCAUCUCGCAAACAGACCUGCAACACACACACCUGCCCACCAAUCUGGACUUCCGGUCCCUGGUCCCAGUGUUCUCGUAAGUGUGGGAAGGGUGUGAUGAAGAGGACAGUGGCGUGUGUGAGCAGUAACCCGGGUUCUCAAUCUCGUGUGCUGUCGGAUGCUUCCUGUGGCGCUCUGCCCAAACCCGACAGCCAGCAGACCUGCAUGAUCAAACGCUGCCACAAACAGCGCAAGGCCCAGUGGUUCGUCUCCACCUGGCAACCGUGUUCGGUGUCCUGUGGUAAAGGUGUUCAGGUGCGUGUUGUGAAGUGUGCUGAGAAGGAUGUGGCAGGAAAAUACAGGGAGCUGUCACCUAAAAAGUGUCAGCAUGUAUCCAAACCCUCCACGGAGCUUCAGAGAACCUGUGUUCUAUCAGACUGUCCCAUCCUCUCUCCUCACAGCAGACCGGACUGGUACACCUCUCCAUGGACCCAGUGUACAGUGUCAUGUGGAGGGGGAGUUCAGAUGCGGUCAGUACAAUGUCUUGAUCAUGGACGUCCUUCAUCUGGGUGUGUGUUACAGCUGAAGCCUGCAGUGUCGGAGGCCUGUAACACAGUGUUCUGUCCCCAGCCGGAGAAGCAAGAUGUGAUCUGUAAAGAUCAUUUCAACUGGUGCUAUCUGGUACCACAGCAUGGAGUCUGCAACCACAAGUUUUAUGGGAAACAAUGCUGCCAGUCCUGCUCAAAACCGUGAGACUUUUCUGCUCGACAGUGAACUUCUGAGGCGAAGUUAUGGAAGCCCUCAAGGGGCCAGAGCAAUGCCCGACCUAAUAUUGUGUUGAGCAAAUUCGUGAAUUGAACACAAAGACAUUAUUAUCAACUUGAAGUAGCUUGUAUUGUGGUGCUUACGAUGAGCAGUGCACUUCAUGCAGAAACAGACAAGACUGUGUCACUGCCCUGCAGGAAAUGACUCAUUGAAGGUGCUAAAAUGUCAUUGAAGGCAUGAGGACUCAAUUCAUUGUGUCUCACAGAGCUUCAAACGGACUUGGUGCUGGCCAGAUACUUUUUAAUCUAACGCUAAAUGUGCUCCGUAUGAAUAUGUGCUAUGUGUUAAUAAAAAAUAAACAUUCUUAAGGGGUUUUCCAUAAGCAUGACUCAUAAUGUCAUGUUAAACCAAAUGAUGGCAGCAAAUCAUCAACAGCAGGGAGAUUAUGGUGUUUUGAAUGGUGCUAUAUGUUCAUUUCAAUGGCAGCCGAGCAGUUUGUGGAUAACAGGGGUUUUAAGUUAACAUGAAAAUGAAUCCGUGACUUUGUAUGAUUGAUAAUAUUUCUCUUAUUUAUUAACAAUACUGCAGUGUAGCAGAAUGAUAUUCUCUGUAAUGUUGUGCUAUUAUUUUCCUGUCAGUCUGUGUUGUUGUUAUAACCUAGGAUAUAAUUGCACGAUUUGUUUUUUUAGCAUCUCUCUAUGCAUUUACAAUAUUUUUUUUAUUUCUGAGGUAAAAACAGCUAUUAAACUAAUAGCCACGAGUUAAAUGAACUGUUAUAAGUGCCACAUUUAACAAACUCAGCUUUGCUUUAAUCAACUGUCACCACAUGACUUCCAAGUCUUAUAAAUCUGUCUUUGCUACGCACAUAAAAGGGUCUGGCAUCCUUGCAUAUGGAUUGUGAAGUGAGCGCCAUACAGCACAAAUGAGUUCAAUCUUUUACAGUAUGCAUUUGUUGUAAAGCAGCAAUCGAUGAAUGUAACCACUGAAUGCUUUUUUUGAAGUGGUGGACAGAGGAUUUGUUGUAAGUGCCAGUUCAUAUUAAACGCCAUGCGUGUCGUAUU